AAUCAACUGGACUUUGAAAAUUUUUUCACCUGUACAUUUUGACUAGUGGAGAGAAAGGUAGCAAUUUGAAGCAUGAAGACUAUGAUUCUACUGCUUUAUCUUCUAGGAUCAACUCAGUCAUUACCAAUGCAGCUCAAACCUGCUUUGGGACUUCCUCCAACGCAGCUGGUUCCAGAUCAGACAACCCGACUAAACCAACAGCAGCCAAAUCAGGUCUUCCCUUCCUUAAGUCUAAUACCAUUGACGCCGAUGCUCACCAUGGGGUCAGAUCUGCAACUGCUGAAUCCUCCUCCUGCAAGAAUGGCACCUGCUGCCCAUACCCUCCCACUGACCCUGGGGGGAUUAAAUGUUCAACAGCAGCUGCAACCCCAAAUGUUACCACUUAUUGUAGCACAACUUGGAGCCCAGGGUACUAUCCUAAGCUCAGAGGAAUUGCCAGUGGCCCCGCAAAUCUUCACAGGCCUCAUCUUCCACCCCCUGUUCUCCGGAGCCAUCCUGCCCACCAGCCACGCUAAUCCAGACGUCCAGAACACAAUCCUUCCUGCGGGACAAACAGGAGUAAAUCCUGCCAUCCAGGGAACCCCAGAAGGCCCCUCCCCGACGCCCAGUGGCACAGAUGAUGACUUUGAAGUGACUACUCCUGCAGGCAUCCAAAGGGGCAUGCACAUUGCUGAGGAAACCACUACCGGGUUCCCCAAUGGAAUUCAGUAAGCUGUUGCAAAUUUUUUCCACUAAACCACCUUAAGUGUGGUGAUACAUAGAAGUAUUUGUCACUGAGCAUAUUAUGAAAAAAAAUUGAGACA